CGGAUAUGGCGGAUUGAUUCCAGUCAACACACUCAGCUCCACCCAUAUGUCCGCGGAAUCACAUAAUACAACUACUCACAACAGUAAGUCUAUCUUCUCACCCUUCUCUAAGGUGGAAUUUCCUAGAUUUGAUGGAACCAAUCCUAGGGCUUGGAUUCGUCGCACCAGUUGGUAUUUUCAGAUAAUGUCCACUAUCCCAGAGGAACACAAGGCUCCAUUAGCGGCUGUGCAUAUGGAUGGUGAAGCUGUUAACUGGUACCAUGGACUUGUUGGAGAAGAAGGGUCGAUUUCAUGGGAGAAAUUGAUUGAACAGGUCUUGGUUAGAUUUGAUGAGAUGGAUCCAGAAUUGAUUGUGGCAGAGUUUCAUGAUUGUAAACAGAUUACCACAGUUGCAGAAUAUAUUAAGAAAUUUGAAGAACUAAAGUCUGCUGUAUCAAUAUUUCACAAGUUCGAAGAAUCAUAUGUGUUGAAAUGCUUUGUAACUAAGCUAAGAGAAGACAUUAGAGGUUCUGUUCUCAAUACCAAACCUACCUCACUUCAAGAGGCUUAUGCAGUGGCAAAGAAGCAUGAGGCUAUGAUUGAAGCUAUCACAAAGAGGGCUAAGGUCGGCUUUAAGGGAGGAGGACUUACAGCUUUGCCAACGAAGGGGAACAUAAACACUUCACCAACCGCCAAGGGUAUUAACCUGACUGGCCUCUCCAAGAAACCUACUAGUAAUACUACAACUACCAGGAAGCUUCUCACAGCCGAGGAAUGAGAGCCCGUAGGGAGAAGAAUCUAUGUUACAAUUGUGAUGAAAUGUUUACUCCAGAUCACAGGUGCAAGUCUCGACAGAUCUUCCUCAUGAUGACAGAGGAAGAAGACAACAACCUUUGUGAACAUGAUACCCUAUUAGGGAAGGAAAUAGAAGCUGAGGAAGAAAAUUUCAACAUAUCAUUGAAUGCUUUAGCAGGACAAAAUAGCCUUAAUACAUUGAGGGCCGAGGGGAAGGCUUACAAUCAAGAGAUCUACUUCAUGAUUGACAGUGGAAGUAGUCCUUGCUUUA